AUGGGCAAAGCAUCACGUGUCAGACCAACCGUUCACUUCAUCAUCCCCUACACCACACUAGCUGAGACGAAAUCGACUAUCAUGACGGCCUCCGCAGGUAACCAUAUCCUCCAAGUCCGUGUCCUUCUGCUCAUCCAGGCUAUCUUAUACCUCUUGUUCUCGCUGGUCGCAGCCGACUGCUACUGGCCCGAUGGGUCAAACGCUUACGACAUGCAAGAAUGCUAUGGCCUGUGCGGUGCAGACGGGCUAUGCUGCGCGCCAGGAGACCUCUGCCUGGUGAACCAUCUCUGCCAAAGAAACGGACCUGACCAUGCGUUGUAUCGGGGCGCUUGCAACAUGCCGAACUGGACAGAGGCCGCGACAUGCCCAAAGGUCUGUGUCAGCGAGAAAGACGGGAACAACGUGACUGGGAUACAGAUCGUCGAAAACUGCUUCGACGAACCUUUUUUCUUCGCCUGCGAUACCACUGGCCUGGGAAAUGCCUGUGUAGCCUGGCACGACCCGGUCUUCAGUGUGUCAGGAUGUGCCAGGGAGUACAAUACAGCAGGCAACCCGAUACCCGUGACAGCUAUGCCAUCCUGUUCGGGUGGCAGUGACCCAUUGCUGACAUCUUCCACGACUUUCGAUAUCGGCCCUGCCUCGACUUUUACAGAUUACGCCGUACCGACUGGCUCUCCAAGUUCUUUUAUCAGAGAGUAG